CCAGUGCCAGUAGUUUGGAAACAGUAAUAAACGGCCAACUAGAUAUUUAGACAUCCUGGAGGCAGUAACGUGUACCCCUGUACAGAGGGUGAUGCUGAGAUGAUGCAACUAGAGGAGGGGGCAGCAGAAGAUCAUCCGGCAGCUGCCAACAGAAAGAAGCUGACAUCCGAAACCGAUGCUGCCUCCCGUCUGGAGUUGUGAAUUAGCUAGUGAACUGUUUGCGACCGCAAAUGAACACCUAUCGGACAUUUAUCAACGUGUCAAACAGAAAAAUUAGGAGAACCUCAGAUUGAGCUGUAAAUGUAUCGGCAUCACAGAGCUCAGUAUGAAGAAGUCGGUCCGGCCAGCGGCAAGUAAGGUGAGCGGAGAUCGAGGGAAGGCAGAGGCCACGGCUACCGCUGGCACCGGAAAGCCUGCAGCUAAGACCAGCACCGCUGCACCUCUGUCUAAGGUGAAAAGCAAUGAUGAUCUUUUAGCAGCUAUGGCCGGAGGGAAUCCUGCAUCAAGUAAUGCCGUCAGCAGGACCAAGAAGACUGCCUCCACUGGGACUAAUGCUUGCAACCUAGACAGCAAGCCAAAGACAACUUCAGGUACUUCAUCCAAGCGUACAACCUCUUCCAUUUCCAAGGAGCCUAAUUCGUCACGAGACCGUCUCCGGACAUCCAGGACCUUAGCCAAUAAGAAGCAGUUGGUAUCAGGGACCACAGCGGGGGAUGUAGCCUCAGGGAAGCGCUCUCGCAGCCAGAUCCUGGCGGAGUCUGACGGCCGCAUGAGCAAGUCUAAAUCAGACGGCCAGAUCAGCGAUAAGGUGGCCCUGGAGACCAAAGUGAAAGACCUGUUGGGUUUGGCUAAAAGCAAAGAUGUGGAGAUCCUCCACCUUCGCAGUGAGCUGCGGGACAUGAGGGCCCAGCUUGGCUUGGGAGGGAAGGAAGCAGUGCAGCAGGAAGAAGCUGCGGAGGUGGAGGAAGAAGAGGAGGAGGAGGAGGAGGAGAAGCCCCAGGUUUCAGCCAUCACAGCGGCUGACGUGGAGUCCACGCUGAUUCUCUUACAAGAGCAGAACCACACCAUCAGGGAGGAGCUCAACCUGCUCAAGAGUGAGAACCGAAUGCUGAAAGACCGGCUCAACGCGCUGGGCUUCUCUCUGGAGCAGAGGCUUGAUGCCUCUGACAAGCCGUUCACCUACACCUCCCUGAGCCCGGACCUGACAGCAGGUAGCGGGCAGAGUGAUGGCGGGGGAACAGGUACGCUGACGUCCUCGGUGGAAGGCUCUGCCCCGGGCUCCUUGGAGGAUCUGCUCACAGGACACCAGCACGGAGGCUCAGCAGACAACCUGGACAGUGAAUCCAGUGAGGUCUACCAGGCCGUCACCUCCAGUGACGAUGCUCUGGACGCCCCUUCUGGAGCUUCCUCGUCAUCUGAAUCGGAGUGCGCCCCCAGCAGGGAGCGCUCGCGGCGGGGCAGCAGCGGCAACGCCAGCGAGGUGUCAGUGGCCUGUCUGACGGAGCGCAUCCACCAGAUGGAGGAGAACCAGCACAGCACCGCCGAGGAGCUCCAGGCCACGCUACAGGAGCUGGCCGACCUGCAGCAAAUCACCCAGGAGCUGAACGGAGAGAACGAGCGGCUGGGCGAAGAGAAGGUUAUCCUCAUGGACUCCCUGUGCCAGCAGAGCGACAAGCUGGAGCUGUACGGGCGACAGAUUGAGUAUCUGCGCUCUCUGCUGGACGAUCAUCACAUAUCGUACGGACUAGAGGAGGACAUCAAGAGUGGCCGCUACUUGGAGCUGGAGCAGCGCUACGGAGAACUGGCAGACAACGCCCGCUUUGAGAGAGAACAGCUGCUGGGGGUUCAACAACACCUUUCCAACACACUGAAAAUGGCCGAGCAGGACAACGCCGAGGCCCAAGAGAUGAUCAGAGCGCUAAAAGAGAGGAACCACCAGAUGGAGCGCAUCAUGGAGUCCGAAAGACAGGGUCAGGCUGCCAUGGGGGCCACACUCGAGGAGUACAAGGCAGCGGUGAGCAGUGACCAGGCGGAGCUGAGCCGCUGCAGAGCCCAGCUGGAUCAGGAGAGGCACAGGGUUGCCGAGCUGUACUCUCUUCACACCGCAGGGGACAAAAACGACAUCUGCCAACUGCUGGAAGGAGUGCAUAAGGGGAAAGAAGAGGCGGAGGCCAAGGCGGCCAAGUUGCAGAAGGAGCUGGAACAAGCCCACAGUGAGCUCACUCGGCUGCAGGACUCUUUCAGUAAGCUGGACAGGGAGUACAGAGACUUCCAGGAGCAGGUGCGGCAGCAGAUGGCUGAGCAGGAGCGCGUGCAGGAGAAGCAGCGUGCGGAGCUGCAGGAGAAAGACACCGAGAUCGCAGACAUGAAGGAAACCAUCUUCGAGCUGGAGGAUGAGGUGGAGCAGCACCGAGCUCUCAAACUCCACGACAACCUCAUCAUCACAGACCUGGAGAACUCUCUGAAGAAGCUGCAGGACCAGAAGCACGACAUGGAGAGAGAGAUUAAGAUUCUUCACCGCAGGCUGAGGGAGGAGUCAAUGGAGUGGCGUCAGUUCCAGGCCGAUCUGCAGACAGCUGUUGUCAUUGCUAAUGACAUCAAGUCCGAAGCACAGGAGGAGAUCGGGGACCUGCGGCGCCGGCUGCAGGAAACCCAGGAGAAGAACGAGAAGCUGUGCAAGGAGCUGGACGAGGUUAAGAGCCGCAAGCAGGAUGAGGAGAGAGGCAGAGUGUAUAACUACAUGAAUGCAGUGGAGAGGGACCUAGCUGCUCUCAGGCAGGGGAUGGGUCUCAGUCGGCGAUCCUCCACCUCCUCAGAGCCCUCGCCCACCGUCAAAACACUCAUCAAAAGCUUCGACAGUGCGUCACAAGGUCCACCUUCCAAUGGCAGUGCCUCUGUGACUCCAACAGCCUCGGCUGCUCCGCUGCCACGCACCCCCCUCAGCCCCAGUCCCAUGAAGACGCCGCCAGCAGCUGCCGUUUCACCCAUACAGAGACACUCCAUAUCUGGCUCGAUGUCAGCAGCUAAGCCGCUUUCCUCCCUGAGUGAUAAGAGGCCCAGCUACACAGACAUCACCAUGCCAGCUGAGCACCUUCUCAGGGGAACCUCGGCUAGCCGGCCUGCGGCUGUCCUCCAGAGGGUCUCCAACAUGGACUCCACCAAGGCAAUCUCAGUGUCCCGCCGGAGCAGUGAGGAGAUAAAGAGGGACAUGUCUGCCCCAGAUGCCUCCUCAACCUCCCUGAUGGCUAUGAGUGCUGCCUCCUCCCCGCUCUCCCUGUCUUCCUCCUCCCCAACCGCCUCCGUCACCCCCACAACACGCAGCCGUCUAAGAGAAGAGAGAAAGGACCCGCUGUCAGCACUGGCUAGAGAGUAUGGAGGCUCCAAGAGAAAUGCUUUGCUAAAGUGGUGCCAGAAGAAGACUGAGGGUUAUCAGAACAUUGAUAUCACAAACUUCAGCAGCAGCUGGAAUGAUGGCCUGGCCUUCUGCGCCGUGCUUCACACCUACCUGCCUGCACACAUCCCCUACCAGGAGCUCACCAGCCAGGAGAAGAGAAGAAACUUCACCUUAGCUUUCCAGGCUGCAGAGAGCGUGGGCAUCAAAUGCACUUUGGAUAUAAAUGAGAUGGUGCACACAGAGAGGCCAGACUGGCAAAGUGUCAUGACUUAUGUCACAGCCAUAUACAAGUACUUUGAGACCUGACUCCAUCUUCUCAGCCACUCUGCUCCUGCAGCGCAAUCAGAUCCACGCCAGCCCUCCUGAGCACCGAGCAACCUCUCAACCCCACGGGCUGCUGUUAUACCUCAUUGACCCCCUUCACCACAGCAACACCAAGUCAUGCUGCAUUUCGGCCCUCAGUAUUUAACAACGCUAAAGGCAGACCAGAACCUCAGUGGACUCACACACUGCUACUCCAUCCUUCCACUGCAGCGUAGAAGUUGCUUUGGGUAGAGUUGUAGUCUAAGGGCUCGCCUGUACUGUUACACUAGUAAGCCAUGAAAAGCAACUGUGGCCAAAGCCUGGUGAACCAAGUACGAACUGACCAGCGGUGGACUCCCGAAGAUCAUCUUUGCCUUCAGUUCACAUCUGAAGGAGCAGCAUGGAAAAGAAACUCGGUGUCUCAGUGCCUUCUACCUGGCUUUACUUGGCAGAUAAUGUUCCUUCACCGCUAACCCAGUUUCCAGGGUGUUAAAGGGGGAAUUUCCUGCAAAUCUGACUUUCACCGUGCUACUUUACAAGAGGAGUCAUUUUCAUAAACAGUCCCAAUGUUUUUUUUCUUUUGUUGGUUGUGAAUAUUGUGUGGACGCUUCUACAGAAUAACAACGCAAAAGUCAGCGUUGUUGGAAUUCCCCCACAACCCUAAUAAUUCCCUUUGAAAAGAAAUUCAGACGGACACAGCCUUUUUUGACAAAGUCUUCCAGACAGUUACAGUUUGAUACCGAUUCUUCUCUUUCAAUGGAUAAAGUGCCUCUGUGAAUUUUGAAACAGGAGACCAGGAUAUGAGGUCCCUCUACGGAGGCAGUGUCUUUUCACUGCAGUUUGUGAAGCUGAAGAUUUAGAGGAGUUGUUGCCAAAUAUGUUUCAGAGCCUUCUGAUUGUCGAUUUCUGACUUGUUGGUCUUCAGGACAGAGUGAUGCUGCAGACAGCUACUACAACAGCAUUGGAUCAUCAUGCCUGACUGAAAUAUGCUACGUUCUACAACACUACUACACAUUUUGUUAAGCAGCACUAACACACUCUUAUGAUGGUUUUUCACUAAAAGAUUCCUGAAGGUUGACUAAUGUUCAGUUGAUGUGUAUGGAGUUGAACGCUAACGUGAGUGUUUGCAUUUUGUAGGCCUGCAUUUGCCAUCUUGCACUUAGACUUCUUUCAUUAGGCACAUACAGCACACGGCAUAAUUUCAUCAUAACCAAAAUAUGAGUAGUAUUUAGUCUUUAGAUAUGUUUUGAUUGACAUUUAAGUUUUGUUUAGAUCAGAGAGCCUCAAACGUUAUCAGCCUGAUGGUCUAAUUAGACAUUAGAAAAGUAGUCUCUCACCAUGGCCUUCAUGUUGGCGAAAUGUGCUCUAGUUUUGGAAACUAGCAGAAUUAGAUUCAUAGGUAAAGACGCACUUUUUCUGGUCAAUUCAUCGUCUCAUUAAAGGAAUAGUUUGACAUUUUGGGAAACUUCACUGUUUUGCAGAAAGUUAGAAAAGAAUUUUAAGAAAUGAGAUUGGUAUCUCAACACUCGGCAAGAAAGCAAACAAUUGUGUUUCCCAAAAUGUCAAACUAUUCCUUUAACAACAGCAAACGUUGCAAAACCAUGAUAUUUAGCACAAAAUACGCGCAAGUGAUCGGACAAUUCAUUGUGCCACUGACUUAUUGUUUGUGUUAAUACUAAUGCUGUGUUAGACAGGUAGUUUUUGAAAUUCCUAGUACGACUAACCGUCACUAUAGAGAUACGUUGUGGCACACAGUCAUUUAAUUUGUGUGAUUUUAGUCAGCAGCAUUAAUUAAACCUUUAAGUCUCUCUAUUUAGUAUUUAUAAGCAGUAUACAAGCCUUUAAUAAAUGGUUUAUAACACACUGUAAUGUAGUUGUAAGCAGCUUUAAGGACAUGUUUAAAAGUGUAUUAAUGUGUAGUGUUUGUCAGCAAUUAUAAAUAAAAAUAAGACUUAUUUUAUAUUAUUACAACACUGUCACUAUAUUGCCAUUCAUUAUCUGUUAAAACAGCAGCCUCCACUUAUGGGUGUCCACAGGAGUUAAAGUUGUGGACAAAUACAUCUGCUUACUACAUUAUAGUGAAUUAUAAACCAUUUAUUAAAUGUGUACAUGCUGCCUUAAAAUGCUAAAUAGGGUGAUUUAAAGUAAAGAGUUAGCAUGUAAUGCUGUCUGACUGCUGUGUGUUUAUCAUGCCUCAACAUACCAAGUUCAUUCUAUUUAUUCGCAUGGUUUCCAAUCAUUCAUUGUAGUGAGUAUUUGUGUGUCUAAAGUGUAUAGGAAUCUACUACACAUACAGUAAGUAGCUGCACUGAGAUAAGCUUUUUGUAUUCCGCACUAACUUCCUGCCUUAACAGAUGAGCUGCGGCUUCUGCAUGCGAAACCGCGGUUAUCUUUGCCCACCAGGCACACGUCGUCGCAGGGUGGAAACAUUUUCUAAAACAAGAUCCUUCUUGUUUGUGCCUCUUGAGGAACACUGCUAGUGAGUGAUGGCCAUAAACCGUGUCUGGUAAAGGUGGCUGCACACGGUUUUGAUUUGGAACAGAUGAAGCUGCCAGCUGGCAUCAAUAGCAACAUCAGAAACGACAUUUCUGUCUCGAUUUAGAAGCACAUCCUGCCGUGCCAUUUGCCAAGCCACAUCAUUACAAUGUGUCCAGCUGCAUUAGACAAGACAUUCAAUGAUUUAAUGUUAGCACAAGAGCCUGCAACAAUGACCGUUUCUUUUUUGUGUGCAAGAGAGAGUGUGUGUGAGUGAGUUAUUUAAUGACAUUUGAAAGCAUUGGCUCUCUGUUGAUAGGGUUUUGUGAUGCCAUGAUGCUGAGGAUUUUCAGCCAACAGUUUCAUUGUGUUCUGCCUGGUUCCACCGCUGGCCCGCGGGUUUUAUUGCUCCCGACAGGAACGUCUGAGAGCUACAGAAAGAUUUGAAGCCUCUCCAUCCUGGAAGUGGAAUGUGUUUUUGAUCACGCUUUAGUGAUCCUGGGACUUUACGAGGUCCAGCGUGUGCUGAUGUGGAGUGAUUGAUGAACACGAGGAGAGACCAAACGGCUGGCAAAAGCUAGGAAGCACAUUCCACCUCCUCAUGAUACAGCCGCGAGGGACACGUUACACUGUUUAGGGCUGGAGAUGAUGCCCUUUAAGUGUGUAGCUUUACCACAACCAGCAACGCUAAUGUGAACAGUGCAUCAUGUCUUUAUUGGGUCCACUUCAUCACAAUACAUUCAUUUUUUUCUUUGUGUUUACUUGAAAAUGCUCUGAGAAUUCCACUGAACCUACUUUAGUUUGUCUUUUUGUUUCCAUGUUGCCUUUUAUUUUUACACUCCAUGCCAAAUUUUGUUUUUGGUGCGAUUAAUUUUUUUCCUGAUCACACACAUGCAGUGCUGAAAUGGUCCCUUGGCAAAGUUAAAGCUGUGUGUGUGUGUGUGUGUGUGUGUGUGUGUGUGUGUGUGUGUGUGUGUGUGUGUGUGUGUGUGUGUGUGUGUGUGUGCGCGCGCGCGCGUGCGUGUGUGAGAAACUAAGCUACAGUAUUAAGUGCACACUACGAUGAUAAUCAGUUGUAAUUAAAAAAUAAAAGACAAUUGAAACAG